AUGUCAAAGCACACUUUGAGAAGUCUCAUGAAUGAAAGAGAUGUCGGAAAGCCCUUGAUUGUUCUUGGCCAUUACUGUCCUGAUUACUAUAGCUUUACAGUAAUUUUUGAAAUUGGGACAUGUGAGCCCUUCUGUGAUCCUUUUUGCAGUGCACAGGUCAAGGUUUCUUUUGGAGAAGGUAGAAGGGAUGCAAAUGUUUUGAAUUUUCUUUCUGGACAAUUGGUUGAAAACAGUCCUUUCUCGCUCUUGCUCGUGCCCUCUCCGCGCUGGGCCGCCGCCACCCCGCGCCGGCCGCUCGGGGACUGGGAGCGCUCACGCCUCGGACACGCGGCACCCCUGGCCGGGCGCAGCGGCGUGUGGAGGUGCCCGCCGGGCCUCGCCCCGCGUGUAGCUGCUGCCGUCGGCGCCCUUCCCCCGUGCAAUGGCACGGCGCUCGCACUCGCUUCCAGCAGGAGAGAACUAAGCCUGUCUGCUGGAUGUCUGCAGCUGGAGCGCAAAAGGAGAGAUUUCACCUCUUCUGGGAGUAGGAAGCUCUACUUUGACACUCAUGCCUUAGUAUGCUUACUGGAAGACAAUGGGUUUGCUACUCAACAAGCAGAAAUCAUUGUGUCUGCAUUGGUCAAGAUCCUGGAGGCCAACAUGGACAUCGUCUACAAAGAUAUGGUCACCAAAAUGCAGCAGGAGAUCACUCUUCAGCAAAUAAUGUCGCAGAUUGCGAAUGUGAAAAAGGAUAUGAUUAUUUUGGAGAAGAGUGAAUUUUCAGCCCUGAGAGCCGAAAAUGAGAAAAUAAAACUCGAACUACAUCAGUUAAAACAACAAGUAAUGGAUGAAGUGAUCAAAGUCCGAACAGAUACCAAAUUAGACUUCAACCUAGAAAAGAGCAGAGUAAAAGAAUUGUAUUCAUUGAACGAAAAGAAGCUGCUGGAAUUGAGAACAGAAAUAGUGGCGUUGCAUGCCCAGCAAGAUCGGGCCCUCACCCAGACAGAUAGGAAGAUAGAAACUGAGGUUGCUGGCCUCAAAACCAUGCUUGAGUCACACAAGCUUGAUAAUAUUAAGUAUUUAGCAGGGUCUAUCUUUACGUGCCUAACAGUGGCUCUGGGAUUUUAUCGCCUGUGGAUCUAAUAAAGUGUCUAUUUAGAGAUUUCUGUUUUGCCUUAAGAAAAAAAAAAAAAAA